AUGGACGUCGACAUGAUCCAUGAUGAAGAGGAUGACCAAGGAGAGCGCCUCAUUAAUGAAGGGCAAGUCGCAACAUUCAACCAUGAUAAAAAAUCUCAAUCUAACAUUACUUAUAGUACGGCCCUCACUUGGCCCACCCUCACAGUCCAGUGGUUCCCCGAUGUCAAGGAGCCCGAGGGCAAGAACUACAAAAUUCACCGCCUCCUGCUUGGCACACACACCUCCGAUGAGAGCCCCAACUAUCUUCAGAUCGCCGACGUUCAGAUUCCAAAAGUAGUGGCACCUAAUCCCGACGACUAUGAUGAGGAACGAGGCGAGAUUGGUGGCUAUGGCAAGUCUGGUGAUGUCGCGGCUAUCAAGUGCGAUAUCGUUCAGAGAAUCGAGCAUCCUGGAGAAGUGAACAAGGCUCGAUAUCAACCACAGAACCCCGAUAUCCUUGCGACUCUUUGCGUCGAUGGAAAGAUCCUCAUUUUUGACCGAACGAAGCACCCUCUCGACCCUACCUCAACUGGAAAGGUCAAUGCCCAAAUUGAACUGGUCGGACACGAAGCUGAGGGCUUUGCAGAUGUCCAGAACAAUCAACUUACACAUCGCAGGGACUUGAAGACCCUGAAGGCCGACUCGAGAAUUCUCAACCCUUCUCGCACCUACAGGCACCAUACACAGAUUGUCAACGAUGUUCAAUACCACCCAAUCUCCAAGAACUUUAUUGGUUCCGUGUCCGAUGAUCAGACACUUCAGAUUGUGGAUAUACGACACAGUGAGACCAACAAGGCAGCAGUUGUCGCUAAGCGCGGCCACCUUGACGCAAUCAACGCUCUGGCUUUCAAUCCCAACUCGGAAGUGCUCGUGGCUACUGCUUCGGCUGACAAGACAAUUGGCAUCUGGGAUCUCAGAAAUGUUAAGGAGAAGGUGCACACUCUAGAGGGCCACAACGAUGCCGUCACAUCUCUAGCAUGGCACCCUACUGAAGCUGGUAUCCUGGGAAGUGCCAGUUAUGACCGAAGAAUCAUCUUCUGGGACCUUUCAAGGGUUGGCGAGGAGCAAUUGCCCGAUGACCAGGAUGAUGGCCCCCCUGAAUUGCUAUUCAUGCACGGCGGCCACACAAACCAUCUUGCUGAUUUCAGCUGGAACCCCAAUGAACCCUGGCUCGUGGCAAGUGCUGCGGAAGACAAUCUGUUGCAGAUCUGGAAGGUGGCCGAGUCCAUUGAUGAGGAGACGCAGCAGCUCUGGGAGUGGUGGCAAGAAAAGCAGCGAGCCACCGACUAUGAGAAGCAAUAUAUCCUAGCGCAAGAUACAUGA